AUGGAAAAUAAAGAAACUACAACAACAACAACUACAACAAAUAAUGGUAGUGAUAAAAAAAAAAGAAGUUUAAAAAUUGAUUUACAUACACAUAUUUUACCAAAGAAUUGGCCAAAUUUAAAAGAGAAAUAUGGUUAUGGUGGAUGGGUGUCGUUAGAUCAUCAUUGUUCAUGUAAAGCAAAGAUGAUGAUAGAUGGUAAAUUUUUUAGAGAGAUCGAUAGUAAUUGUUGGGAUCCAGAUGUAAGAAUUCAAGAGUUAAAUAGGGACGAUGUUGAUAUCCAAGUUUUAUCGACAGUACCAGUCAUGUUUGGGUAUUGGGCCAAACCUCAAGAUGCAUUAGAUUUAGCACAAUAUUUAAACGAUCAUAUAGCACAAGUAGUAUCAGAGAACCCAAAACGUUUCAUUGGUUUAGGAAGUUUGCCAAUGCAAUGCACAGAGUCAUCGAUUCAAGAGUUACGUCGUUGCAUUUUAGAGUUGGGUUUACCAGGUAUUCAAAUUGGUAGCAAUGUAAAUGGAAAGAAUUUGGACGACCCAUCUUUAUUCCCAAUCUUUGAGGAAUGUGAGAAAUUAGGUGCUGCAGUUUUCAUUCAUCCUUGGGAAAUGGUGGGUAAAGAUAGAAUGCCACAAUAUUGGUUACCUUGGUUAGUAGGUAUGCCUGCUGAAACUUGUUUAGCCAUUUGUUCAAUGAUUUUCGGUGGAGUUUUCCAACGUUUACCAAAUUUAAAGGUUUGUUUUGCUCAUGGUGGUGGCUCAUUUCCCUUUACUAUUGGACGUAUCGAACAUGGUUUUAAUGCUCGUCCAGAUUUAUGUGCUGUCGUUAAUCCAAUUAAUCCUCGUGAAUACAUUGGUAAAUUUUGGGUUGAUUCUUUAGUUCACGAUGAAGAAGCUCUUAAAUUUUUAGUAAAUUUAAUGGGUGAAAAAAAGGUAACAUUAGGUACUGAUUAUCCAUUUCCUUUGGGCGAAUUAGUUCCUGGUCAAUUAAUUGAAUCAAUUAAAGAAUUUAGCGAAACAACUAAAGAAAAUCUUUUAGGUGGUAAUGCAUUGGAAUUUUUGGGGUUGGAUCCAAAUAAAUAUUUAUAA